AAUAUUUUAUAAACAGGCACAAAACCGGUCUUACUCUUGUCCUGUCCAUUAAACUGAAACGCCGUUUGAGCUGCGGAUUUUGCUACGCCACACUGGUCUCACAGGUCUGCAUAUACAUUUAUUUGAAUCGACGACUAGCAUUACCUUUAUUGCUCCAGCAGUGAACAAACGAAGAAAUGGCUUUCAACACAUCAGGAAACCGGUUUAAGGACAACUUCAAACCGAACCAAGGGCCCCUAUGGAAAGCAAAUUUGAAGUACGGCAAGGGCAAGUACCGCCCCCAGUACCCUGCUGACAUCGUAUAUGUUAAAGGAACCACCUUUGUAACUAUACCAUCACUGGGCAAACUGUUGGGAAGGUUUCCAAAUACCGCUGUUGGCCUUCAUCAUGUGUUUGAGUACCGCAGCCCCAGUAAGACUGUUCCACCACAUUACGAGUGUAAACUUUGCUCAGUAUUGCGCCUGCAGCAAGAUAUGUUCGCUCAUGUGAAAAGCUGGAAACACAACCUCAAAUACUUGGAAACAUUCCACCCUGACAAAGUCCCAAGCAGGAAUGAAGAUGCUGGCACAGACGCUGGUGUGAGAAAGAGGAUUAAAGAUGCUACGGAGGAAGUUGCAAAAUCUGAAGGGAUGGGACAAGUCAAGGUGGUCAUCAAAGAGCCCUUUAGAGUACCUGCUUUCAGAGGAGCCCGGACUGCUGUACCUAAGCCCUUGCCCUUUAUAGAUAACGGCAUGGGGCCAAAUGGACCACCACCUGCUCCAUUGUUGAAGGACCAAUCUUUUUGUGAAGAGUUACCUCCAAAUGAAGAUCCUUACGAUGAUUAUACAGAUGAAUAUGAUGAAACCAACUCAGAACCCUUUCCACCGAAACAACGUUUCCCGGAUCUGGAUACGUUUCAGGGUGACUUUGAGCCAUCCAAUUUCAAGCGUUCUAACUUUGAACGUUUUUCUCCCGAGCCACAAUUUCGAGAUCGGAGCCCUGGACCGUUUCCACAUGGGCCCAGAGGUGAUUUUAGGCCAAAUAAUCAGCGUGACCGCUUUGACUCUGGAAGGUUUCCUGAACAGUUCAAAGGCAUACAGAUGGGAGGCAAGUUAAUGGAUAGGCCAGUGGAGAAACCAUUUGGCAGGCGAAGCCCAAUGGCAUCGCCACCAGACAGAUUUGAUUCUAAUGAAUCAAAUCCAAAUCCACUGCUUCAUUACCUGGAUAAGUUCCAGAUAAAAAAUGAGAGCGAUGCGCAGUUGGUACUGAAGGUGACACAGAAACUAACCGAUCUACUGAUGGAGUACAGACUGACAACUAUAUCGCAAGACGGACCCAGUCGGAGUAUCUUGCCACUGACCUCAAGCUUCGAUUCACGACCCUCUUCCAAUUUGCCAAGAAGCAUGGACAGAUUCUCUCGGCCCUUUUCUAAAGGCCAAUCCCGAUUCCCGGAUGGGCCACGCAGAUUCUAGAGAUGAAGACAUUUCACACUAACCAUGCAGAAAUAGCAACCUAAUUUUUUAGGAAACUUUUAUUUGACUAUUUUCAAUGUUGUCUUUCCGAUGUAGAAAUAAAGUCUUUUUCAGUUCUAAAGUUUGGGUUUGUAAAUUGGUGUUGUGAAAUGAGUAAUAUUUUGCUUGAAAAUGUAAUUCAAAAAUGCUUUCAGUUCCUGCCUACCACAUGACAUAAUUUUCUAAUGUUUAAAACUGAAAAAUAGGAUUCUGCACUCAAAGGAAACAUUGCAGAAAUAUUAAAUAUAAAGAAAAACACGUUACAACGUAGUUCAAAAGAAUCAAACAGCAGUGAUCAUAUUCUCCAAUCACUUGAUGCUGCCCUUUACAGGGGAGCAGCAUAAAAGUUUUGAGAUGAGUACAGCACGUCCCUUCGCAGAGGAUAACCAAUGCCUUUGACCAUUGUUGUCUGCGUGUUGCUACAUUUUUGUUCAGAUAGCCGUUGCUGGAAAAGUACUGGGACCAAAACAGCCAUAUAGAUGCCAAUGGGCCACUGGUGUUUACCAUCUUAUGCUGCAUGGAGGCUGUGGUUCGCCAAACUGUUGAUCACAAGUCAAAGCGAAAAAUAUUUUUCUCAAUGGCUCGUAUCUUUAAAGUCAUUCUUGAGGCACUACCACACGAGUGUGUUAUGGUCGUAACUGUAAGAACAAGGGGUAUGUGAUGAUUUGUAAUCUAAAUAAAAUGAAUCUUUGAUCAA